GCUAUGCAGCUCGCCCUGUUCUGGACUGCGUGUCUGCUGCCAGGCCACCUGGCCCUGCCGCUGCCCCUGUCCCGGGAGGCUGAAGAUGUGAGCACGAUGCAGUGGGAACAGGCUCAGAACUAUCUUAGGAAAUUUUACCUUCGUGACUCUAAAACAAAGGAGGCCAACAGUCUGGUGGUAAAACUCAAAGAGAUGCAGAAGUUCUUUGGCCUGCCUGUGACUGGAGAGAUAACACCCCGAAUCGUGGAGAUAAUGCAGAAACCCAGAUGUGGAGUGCCAGAUGUUGCGAAAUACUCACUAAUGCCAGAUAGUCCAAAAUGGCAGUCUAGAGAUGUCACCUACAGAAUCGUGUCCUAUACGCCAGACUUAUCAAAGCGUGUGGUGGAUCAAAUCGUGGCCAAAGCUCUGAGAAUGUGGAGCGAGCAGGUCCCACUGAACUUCAGAAGGGUGAGGUGGGGGACUGCGGACAUCAUGAUUGGCUUCACGAGAGGAGAUCAUGGAGACAACUUCCCAUUUGAUGGCCCAGGAAACACUCUGGGUCAUGCCUUUGCGCCUGGGCCAGGCCUAGGAGGAGAUGCUCACUUUGACAAGGACGAAUACUGGACUGACGGUACUGGUACAGCUGUAGGAGUGAGCUUCCUGCAUGCUGCCACCCAUGAGUUUGGCCACUCUCUGGGUCUGGGUCACUCUUCUGUUCCUGGUGCCGUGAUGUACCCUACCUAUGAAAAGGGGAACCCGGAAGACUUCAGACUCACAGAGGAUGACAUUGAAGGCAUUCAGAUGUUAUAUGGUAAGAUUAGGGCUUUCAAGACGAGAGUGUCAGGCUUGACAGAAAGAACUAGGAAGUGGAGAGUGGCCUGGAGAUGCACGGACUACUUAACAAGCUUCUCUGGGAAGCAGUGCCUGCGGGAUCAGGACGCCACUGCCAAAGACAUGGCCGUUCCCUCCUCCUUCCUCCUCCUAAUGAAUGCACAGCCCCCACCCCCCGUGGAAUAG